AUGGCCCAGUACUUCGACGAGCUGCAGGACAACCCUCUGGAGAGGAAGAAGCUAGUGGAGGAGAUCCUGAACAGCGAGGUUUGGGAAUCCAAAGAAGCGAAGGCCAAGAGGCCACAGCUGCAAGGGAGUCAGGGUGCGGGACAAUGUUAUGUCACCUUUGGAGCUUUCCAACAUGGAGGAGUGGUGGGUGUGACGAACGCCGCCAUGGAGUUCAUAGAGGUGGCGGCAAAGGCCGCUAAACUGGUGCAGGACUUCCCUGGCAAGGUCUUCACCUCUGUUGUCCUGACCAAGAACGCGGUCAUGCCGUUGCACAGGGAUAUCUUCAAUUUGAAGGGGUCUUUCAAUUUGGUUUGCCCCCUAAAGGUUGGGAAAGGAAGCGCAAUAUGGCAAGAAAUGAAGUUCGGGGAUGAGUUCUGCGGCAACUUUGAGUUUCGGGAGGUGGACGGGAAAGAGGUGCCCGGCCAAAAGAUGAGUGUUGAGAAGCCUGUGAAGGUCAUUCCGCAGGCGUUGGAAGAUGUGAAGGUUGCUGCUAUGGUGGUGGAAUGUGAGGACGGCGAGGUCUUCUCCGUGGGUGUGGCAAGCGGAUCCA